AUGGCCCUUGUAAUUCCAAGGAAAUUUAUCGUUUACCGAGUGAGUGUCUCCGUCCCGUCCAUGGCUAUGAGUGAACCAUGCUACUACAAUGAAUCCAUUGCCUUCUUUUACAACCGGAGUGGGAAGUACCUCGCCACAGAAUGGAAUACUGUCAGCAAGCUUGUGAUGGGACUUGGAAUCACUGUCUGUAUCUUCAUCAUGUUGGCCAACCUGCUGGUCAUGGUGGCGAUUUACGUCAACCGCCGCUUCCACUUUCCUAUUUAUUACUUAAUGGCUAACUUGGCUGCUGCAGAUUUCUUUGCUGGAUUGGCAUACUUUUAUCUAAUGUUCAACACAGGGCCCAAUACACGAAGACUGACUGUAAGCACCUGGCUUCUUCGCCAGGGUCUCAUUGACACUAGCCUGACGGCCUCUGUAGCAAACUUGCUGGCUAUAGCAAUUGAAAGACACAUUACAGUUUUUCGCAUGCAGCUGCAUACCCGGAUGAGCAACAGGAGGGUGGUGGUUGUUAUUGUGGUCAUCUGGACCAUGGCCAUUGUAAUGGGUGCUAUACCCAGUGUGGGCUGGAACUGUAUCUGUGACAUCACUAACUGUUCCAACAUGGCACCUCUCUACAGUGACUCUUACUUAGUCUUCUGGGCUAUUUUCAACCUGGUUACUUUUGUAGUAAUGGUGGUCCUGUACGCCCAUAUCUUUGGCUAUGUCCGACAAAGGACUAUGAGAAUGUCUAGACAUAGUUCUGGACCAAGGAGGAAUCGGGACACCAUGAUGAGUCUCCUGAAGACUGUGGUCAUUGUGCUUGGUGCAUUUAUCAUCUGCUGGACUCCUGGGUUAGUCUUGUUACUUCUAGACGUCUGCUGUCCUCAGUGUGAUGUCCUGGCAUAUGAAAAAUUUUUCCUUCUUCUUGCUGAAUUCAAUUCUGCCAUGAAUCCCAUCAUCUAUUCUUACCGUGACAAGGAAAUGAGUGCCACCUUCAGACAGAUCCUCUGCUGCCAGCGGAAUGAGAAUGCCAAUGGACCCACUGAUGGCUCAGAUCGCUCAGCAUCUUCACUCAACCACACCAUCUUGGCUGGAGUUCAUAGCAAUGACCAUUCUGUUGUGUAGAAACCAAAUGGUAAAUGAAGAACCAGCCAUAGACUGCUGAGGGAGUACCAGGGGAGAAUAACAAACUGAGGUCUUUCAACACUAAUCAACUACAGUAUUGGUUUCUAGAAAACCCACUCAUGCACAAGACUGGUCAUGUAUGAGAACUGGCAUAUGCAAAAACACUCAUCCUCUUUCUCCUCUCCCUGCUAAAAGUAGAAAGCUGAUUCCUUGUAAUGGAAUUCAUAACUAGAUCACAGAAGGUCUCUUUAGACUACACUGAUUAGAUUUUCAAAGACUGCUUUGUUUUGGUGCCAGUUGAAAACAGUUCUGAUUAAUUAUGCUUGUGCCUGUUUAACUUCAUUUACAUGUAGAAACUUAGGCUCCUCCCCCCCUUUUUUAAAAGAAUACAUUUCAUGUAAUAAAUGUCAUGUUUAUGCCUAUCAGCAUGCUUCUGAUGGAUAUUUUAUGCAUAGAGAGAUCAUAGUCUUCGUAUUUUUUGCUACACUACCAUAACUUCAGUAUUUCUUUUUCCUGAUGCAGAAAACAGGAAAGCAAUGUAAAUUACAAUUAUUUCUUUUUUUUAAAAAAAAGCAUGCGUGUAAUGUAUUUAUGCAGUUGUUUUAAUGAAAGAAGAAAAAAGAUGCUCAUUGUAAAAUCUUCUAGAAAACAGAAGAGCCUAGAUCUAAUUCCAGUAUUUGUUUAGAUUAUGAAAUAAAUAGUAUUCUAGUCUCAUGGUAUUUAACUUCUCAUUUGUGGUACCAAGUAUGUAACAUAUGCAAGGGUCCUUAGUUUAUCACUGAUGGGAUUUGUGCUCUAAGAGAACAGAAUCAUGGGGGGGGAAAUGAAGCACAAUAUUAUUUUUAAAUAUAUUUAUGAUAAGUGAGUGUUUUCUCAUCACCUGUCCAUUACAAAGGGAUUUUUUAAAAAUUGAGAAAUGUCAUGUCAUGUUUUACCUUUGUAAAAAGGAAUUUUCUGUUUUUGCACUGAGUGGGUGGCAUUUUUAAGGGCACCUUAUUAAAUUGCCCAUUUUUCCUUAAAGAACAGUGGUUACUUGAGUUACAUUGAGGCACAGUGUUUUUUGUUUUUUAGAACAAAUCUAAGUAGAAAUAGUAAGCUGCCACAAAAGAAAUAAAAUCUAUUAAUAUAGCUAACAGGAUUUUGUUUCGCUGGUCUAAUGUCCAGAUCUUGAAAAACAGAUAUAAGUUUAAAGAAAUUACAAAGAAAUCAAAAGUACCAUAAACUAUACAGUGAAGAAGCCUCUUAUCAGUGAAAUGUAGUGAAUAAAGGACCUUUAUAUUAAAUAGCUUGGGCACUUAUAUCUGAAAAGUGGGAGUGGGUAUGUGGCUGUAUUAUGUGUCAUCUCCCCAGGCUUCCCCCCUAAUAGAUGCUUUGAUGUUGUUAGCUGUUCUGAUAUUAUGUAGUGUAAGGGCUGUGAGUAAGUGCAUUGGUGUGACACAGGAGAUCAUAUGUGAAAGGACACAAUCACAAGAAUGGUCUGGAGAAAUGGAAGAAGGCAGACAAGAGGAAAGUGUAGAGUACUUGUUAAGCUCAGAGGGACUCAAGGUAAAGUUUAAGUUUGGAGCACUUGGCACAAGAAGGGCAGAGAGUUGAGAGCAGGAGAGAGGAAGUGCAAAAAUCUUACUGAGAUUGACAUUGACACAUUUUAUUUAAAACAUAAAAUGUUAAUGUGAGCAAGAAGAUGAGCCCUGGAAUUUUCACUAAUGUAAAUACAUUGGGAAACAGGAGGGCUAGUUUAACUUUUAAGGGAAGAAAAUGAAAUACUAAGCCACUAAUAAAAUUUUCUCAAUGAGUAUAUGA